GCGAUGGUAGGAUAUCCUGCGAUUGUAAUCAAUCGGUUGGUUCCAAAGAUACGGUACACUUCCUAUUGUUCCAGAAGCUGAAAUUCUCACGAUGAGAGAAAAUCUUCUCCAAGUCCUGCUGUUGACGAUUUUGUCGUCGAUGGUCAGGUGCUUUGCUCCGGCGUCCGGACCGUCUCCAAUCGUUUUCGUUCAUCGUUCUCGAAGGAACAAUCGUCGAGCUCUUUUAGCGUUACAUCAGUCGAACAAGACAGAGACCUUCGACCAGAGUACUGUAACAGAGGUAGAUGCAGCUGUCGAAAAAUUAGACAAAGUCACAGAAAUGCAGCAACCAAGAGACGAACCGAAACGAGCAAUUGCCCGGUCAAAGAAAAAGUACGGACGACCAAAAGGCAUUGAAGAAAACACUCAGGGAAACGACUCGACUUCGAACUGGAAGCAAGAAUUGCAUUCAACCAAUCAAGCAAUAGGCAAUGCCAUACUAAAGACGGAGGGAGCAUCGAGUACAAGGGAACGGCAAGAAGCAGAAAAGAGAUACGACUUGCCUUGGGGUAACUUACAAAAAUGGGCUCUUCGAGAUCACAUGGCCAAAUAUAGCGUGCAGGUACCUGUUACAAGGAAUGGAAAGGAAACGAUCCGUGUCUUCACACUGUGGCGAACAUUCAUCGAUGAAGUUACGGAAUUAUGUGGCUAUCCGAUUCCAUUCUUGUUGGAGCGCUAUGCCGAAAUGCGUGCCUCCAACGACACCACAUUUGAUACAUCGAGUGACGUUCUACCGUAUUUGGAUGAUUUCAGUUUUGAAAAUAAUGGUGGCUUGUCUGGUCGUGUAUCCGGAAUUAUUGGAGUUGCGGACGGCACCAAAAUUCAGACGACGCCUGUUGGUGAUUUGCGCACCACUAUCCCUAAAGGCUUUGUUCGAACUGAUGAUGGCGCGGUAAUAUACGAGCUUGGAAGGCCUGCUUCGGACUUUACUUACGAUGUGAAUAGGGAUGCAAAGUCCAAGCUUUCCAAGGCGGCAUCGUCUGUCAUGUCCAGGGCGCCAAAGGAUGUGGUGGUAUCGGAUGUUGUACCCGAUGCGGAACUGGUGCGCUUGGGCGCUCUGACAGCGACAAUAAUUGCGGGAGCUGCAGCUUUUGAAUCAUUGUCGCAUCACUUGACGGUGAACGUGUUUUGGGUCUAA